UGGUGUAGCGCUUAGUUAAUUAAGCACAAGAACAGCUUUACCUUUUUUACUUUUAUAAUGUGAGCGUGUAUCUGAAAGAAAAUCUUUUUAUGCGAUUACGUGUAAUCCCUAACCUGCAUCAGCUGCCUGUGACCUGAAGUAAUGUCAUUCAGCACGUCUUGCGAAACCACGAAAUAGAAUUACUGACUGAGGAGUAGGUUACAAGGUCAGUGUUCAUUCUGCUUUGUGCGCAGAGACGUCAGCCAGUGCGUGCCGUUGUUCUGAGCAGCGCUGCGCAGCAGAAAAUGUGGCUUCUAAGCGGCCGCUGCGAAAGCAGAGCUCGACUUGACGGCAAGGUGGCCAUCAUCACUGGCGCCAACUGCGGCAUUGGGAAGUUCACGGCACUGGACUUUGUGCGCAGAGGUGCACGUGUCAUCAUCGCAUGUCGUGACCUGAAGAAGGCAGAACAAGCUGCUGCCGAUAUCAGAAACGAAACAAGAAAUGUGGAGGGGGCAGGUCAUGUGGUGGUGGUCACACUGGAUUUGGCAUCUUUAGCUUCAGUGCGACAGUGUUGCCAAAAUCUGCUGCGCUCCGAGACAUACAUCCACAUCUUGGUCAACAAUGCAGGAGUGUGCUACAGCCCGCGGGCAUUCACUGAAGACGGCUUCGAGAUCCACAUGGGAGUCAACCACCUGGGUCACUUCCUCUUCACGUGUCUUCUGUUGCCCCGCAUUAUACACUCUGCUCCCGCCAGGAUUGUCACGGUUGCGUCAGUUAAAAACCACUUUGCUCGAAGAAUUUGUUUUGACGACCUGCAUUGGGAGAAGAGACGAUACAGCUCCUUUGCAGCAUACUCAGAGUCAAAACUAGCCAACGUAUUGUUCAGUGCUGAACUAGCCAGAAGACUUGAAGGUACGGGUGUGACCACAUAUUCACUGCAUCCUGGAAUCGUGGUUUCGGAGGGUGCGCGUCAUGCAAACAAGACUUGGUUCCCCGGCGCAAAGUGGCUGUUUGAGAAUGUCCUGGUGUACGUGCUGAAGACAUGUGAACAGGGCGCGCAGACAACAAUCCACUGUGCGGUGUCUGAGGAGGCAGGCAGGGAGACGGGACUGUACUACAGUGACUGCAGGAAGUCGACUUGCAACUCCAAGGUAAACGACAGGGAGCUGCUUAGGAGACUGUGGAGUGAGAGCGCUGGUCUCGUUGGUCUGCACGAAUGGGAUCCCUUCACUGCUGAGGAUUCUGCGACCCGCCUUUAGGCAAAACCAAUCCAGGCCACCAUAAGGCGUUUUCGUGAAGAACUCGAACUUGAGAACUUCCUAUUCUAUACAUCAUUAGACCAAUAAUAUUUGCGUUAAAUCCUGCUGGAGUCAUCGUUUAUAAUUUCACAUCCCUGUCAAUCAUUGUAUAAAACCUAUAAUUUCCUACUCGCAGUAAAGGAGAAUUGAUGUAACUGCGUUGUUGGUAAGCAUCCGAAUCGAAGUUUUAAGAU